UUAAUGAACUAUCCCUGUAAUGGAAGAGUGACUGUACAGCCCAGAUAUCGCCCAGAGCUGCUUUGGGAAACCAGGAGCUGCUGAAAAUGUCGAGCAGGUACCACAAAGCAGCGGCCGAUGGCAACGUGGACCUGUUGAAAGAGGCCACUAGGAAAGACCUCAACACUUCUGAUGAGGAUGGGAUGACACCCACCCUUCUGGCAGCCUACCACGGGUACCUGGAAGCUCUGGAGGUCAUUUGUCGGAGGGGGGGUGAUCCAGACAAGUGUGACAUCUGGGGGAACACGCCCCUGCACCACGCUGCCUGCAAUGGCCACAUCCACUGUGUCUCUUUUCUGAUCAACUUUGGUGCCAACAUCUUUGCUCUGGACAACGACCUGCGCACUCCCCUGGAGGCAGCUGCCAGCAGGGACCGCAAGGAGUGUGUCCAGAUCCUGGACAAAGCUGCCACUGAGCAGAACUUGCUGAAUCCAAAGAAGGUCUCCAAACAAAAGGCACAGGCCCAAAGGAACGUUGAGAGACAAGUCAAGGAAUGUGAGAAGCGCCAAGAGAAACACCAGCAUGAAAUGAACCGAAAUUAUAUUAAAGAAAAGGUUGGCACAAUGGAUUCUUCCAAAGGAACACACUCCAGGGUAAAGUUGCCCAGUCUAUUUGCUUCAAAUACCACAAGUACUUUAACUAAAAACCUGAAAGAUACCUUGAAACUCAAGACAAAAAAGACAGCCAACAGCACAAGAAGGCAGGAAACACAAAGAAAUGACCAAGAGGACGAUACCCAUAGGAGAAGUGUGAUGCAUUUGUUUGAUGAGAAAGAGGAGGAUGAAUUACUGAAUGACCUCGAAGAGAAAAACCUUGCUGGUAAUGACAGUCAGCUCUCCAUUUUUCAGAGGCCAGGUCUUGGCAAGAUUGUGUUUGGAAGGAAUUUGGCUGCAGAGGUAAAUCCUGAAACAGUGUCUUCUGAGAAAGAAGAUACAAGAGUCACAAUGGCCAGUGAGCUCUUCCAGUAUGAAAAUGCUGAGAAUGGAAGGGAGGAUGAUGAUGAAAACAGUGCUGGUGUCCCUUGGAAUGAGGAAGAAGUCAUUUGGGAUGAUGAGGAAACAGAGAAUACGCCCCUUGAGGUAUUUCUGGCAUCACAGAUGCUGGAUGAAUUUCUUCCAGUCUUCAUGAGGGAAAAAAUUGAUUUAGAUGCUCUGAUGUUAUGUUCUGAUGAAGAUCUACAGAGCAUUCAGAUGGAGCUUGGGCCAAGAAAGAAAGUCUUGAAUGCUGUGAAUAAAAGAAAACUGGCACUCAAGAACCCUGGAAAAACAGUAGAUACUUGUUUAUAAAUUAUUAUAUCUGUUGUUGUAACCUACACAUUGAUUCAUUACCUUUCCCUCUCCAAAGAGCAUGCAUCUCUUCUGAGAAGUUUGCUAAAGCAAAAGGCAGAGAGGUUACCAAUUGCUUUAGGAAAUACAACAGGGAUAACAUUUUUCUCUCUGGAUAGGUAAUUGUGGUAAACAGGAUAUUAAGUAAAGUAUAUUCUGCCAAAAAGCAAGAAUGUGAAGGUAAAAACCCAAAACCUUCUUCUCCCUACUGUUUAUGUGGAUUGGAUUUCUUUUGGUCCAGAAAAUUUCAAGUAUCAGUGAAGGCCAGGCCCACUACAUUCCUUAAUAAAGGCCUUCCUUUCUUCCCCAAAACCACAAUGCAAAGAGCAUUCUCAGAGCUUGAGAGCUUUGAGUUUUCUCAAAGCUUGCUUCUGUAAGAUCAGUAAAACCACUCUUCCUGGUACUGAUGGUAUGUUAGAAAAGGAAUCUGAAUAUUGAUUUUAGCUGUGGUUUAUUGACUCUAAUCACCUCUGAAUUAAUGUACAUAAGACUAUUUUACAUCAAGUUUAAUAUUUUUGUUAGUAAAGUUUGUACUUCUGUAUUGACAAUAAUUUUAAAAUACAUGGAGUAUCUUCCCAAGAGAUGUUCAGUGUCAGUUGUAUAUUCCUUUCUCAUCUCAUUAGACUGGAUCUAGUUGCCUGGACCCAUCAUGUCCUAAAUAUCAUCAAGACUGCAAUACUUUUAACUACAAGAAGCUGAGGUUUAACUUUCAGAAUUUUGGAUCUAUUUUGGUACACCCUCAACUUGGUUCCUAUAAGGCUGCAUUUUCCAUGCAAAGUCCCAGAGAUGAGGAUUCAUAUCACACACCAUUUUCUGUGGGUUGUUGUCAGCCUUAGCCUGAGAGCUGUGUAUCACACACACACUCUGAAAAUAAGUUCAUGAAAAUAAAAAAUGAGCUGUGCUGCUGUGGAAGCUUCUGCUCCUCACAAUCUAUCUGGAGGCAUUCACAGCAGGGUUCCCCUGUUCCUUUGGGAACCCAGCACUAUCAGAUGUAAAUUAAUCACUCCUGUUGAUUUUUGUGAAUCUAAUAAAGUGCUUGUAGUAGUCA